CACUAUGCAUCGGAGGUGCACUGGGCUUUCCACACAGAUAUCGACGAGUAUUUCUUUUCCCCGGCCGGCACGCCGCCCGGCUUUCUUCGUCACUACCUGCAGAAGCUGCCAAACACAACAGUACAGGUGCUGGUUCAAAACAUGUUCUUCCUUGGGGAUCCAAUCGGCUCAGACACCAACACACUGCUAGAGCACUACACCCACCGCAUGCCCACCUCCUCCGGGCGCCUCCGCACUAAGCCCAUUGCAUGGCUGCCCCUCGCUGUGCACCUCAGUGGUGAUGUUUUCAUCAGCCCCCACCAGUGGCCUAUGAUGGAGAAUGGCCGGCCGCCAUUGGUUGAUACGGGGGUGCUGAGGCUGAACCACUACUGGGGGGACCGCGCCGGGGUGAUUUCGGACAAUACCCCGGAUUACAGGAUUGAUGUCACGAUGAUGAGCGAGUAUGGGGAUGGGCUCGUGAAGGAUGAGUCAGCAAAGCCCAUGGGAGUGUGGCUGCGGCAGCGCAUGCAGGUGGCAUGGACGGUCAUUUCAGCCCAGGCGGUUCACAAGGAGAGGAAGCGGCUCAGGAAACGUGUGGCUGAGGUGAAGACACGUGUCAGGCAGCUAGAGGCUCUCGUGCCGCCGCUGUUGAAUGAAGGAGGAGGCAAGGGAGUGAGGAGAGAAGGGAACGAAAGGGACAUGGAAGAGGAGAGGUCGUCUUUCUUCAUGUCUCCUUCCCCUCCGUUCUCUCCCCCCUCGCCUUCCUUUCUUUCGCCUCUCCCUCCGUUCCCUCCUUUCCGUCCUCUCUUUGCCCUCUCUUUUCUCCUCCCUCUCCCUUCUCUCACUGAUCUGUCUCCUCUCCCUGGCUUGCCCUUCCGCCCGCUAGCUUCUCGCCCUAACCGCUAUGCUUCUCCCUCUUGCUAUUCUGCUUCCAACCUUCCGUCUCAUUUUCUUUCUUCUCUUCUUAUACCUCCCUUUCUUUGCACGUCAUCUCCCCUUCCUUUUCGUCCUUCUCUUCUCCCUUAA